AUGGAUGAAUUCGUCUCUGCAUCAGAAGUUGCCUCUUCCUCAGAAAUAAUUCGCGCUCGUCGUCUAAACCGUAAAGUUAUUAAAGCAGAUAACUCUGUUGAGUGGAUUCCAACACAAACGAUUGUAAUUACGUUCUCUGGUAAAUUACUGCCCUCACAUGUUUUUGCCUAUUUCACGUCAUAUCCUGUAGAACCAUACAUCUUACCAACAAUACAAUGUUAUAACUGCUGUCGUUUCGGUCAUGUUAAGUCUAAAUGCCGAUCCAAGCCUCGUUGUUAUAAAUGUGGACAACCACAUGAUGGAGAAUCAUGUGAAGUUACCUCGGUCACAUGUCUUCACUGUUCUGGUAAUCAUACAGCUAUUAGUUCAUCCUGUCCAGAAUUUAAUAGACAAAAAUCUAUUAAAGUAAUUAUGUCCCAAGAACAUAUCUCUUAUGACGAAGCAUCUGUAAGAGUCCGCCCAUCCAAACGAGGCUAUUCCGACAUUGCAAGCAAAACUCCUUUAAAUCCAUCUCCUAAUACGAGUAAUAAGAAUUCAUAUAAAAAAACUUUCUAUAUAAAUAGGAAACCACGAUCUCCAGCAUCCGAUCAUGGGUAUGACCAUACAGCCCAUGAAUCCAUGAUCCAAACCCCAAGAAGUUCUCUUCCUAAUGGAAAUGCUUACCCUAAAGAUAAUGAGCAAAACCAUACUUCUCCAAAUGAAAAUUUAAUAGACUUACUGAUAUCCACACUUUUGUGUAUCAUUUCGAAAUUUGACGACCACUGUUUACCUCCAAAUUUAACCCAGUCUCUUGAGAAACUAUCGACGCUCUUAAAUAAUAUAAAUAAGCAUGGCUACGAUUCUUCAAUGGAACUGUCGCAGUAUUAA